UGCUGCCAGCCCUCUCUGCGCUGGGGCCCGGCCCAGCCCCCUGCCUGCCCCGCACAGCGGGAGGAGCACAGGCGGGAGCUGGAGGCGCUGCGGGCCCAGCUGGAGGGCGAGCGGCUCCGCUCCCAGGAGAUGCAGCGCCGCCGGGCCGUCGAGAGACGUGAGCUGCAGGAGGCGGCAGAGCGGGAGCGGCAGCUCCUGGCCGACCGACUGCGCUCCAACUGGGAGCGACAGCGGGCGUCAAAGCUGCAGCGCCUGCGGGAGCAGAGCCAGAGGCAGCGGGAGGCGGACAUCCGCCAACUGCUGCAGAUGAAGGAGGCCCAGCUCCGCCAGACGCAGGAGCGGCUACAGCAGCGGUGCAACAACGCCAACCGCCAGGUACGGGAUGUGCUGCGGCAGCUAGCAAAGGAGCUGCUGAGUGGCGAGAACAGCAGAGAGGCCCACAGACUGCAGCAGGAAGUCCAGCGGCAGCUCUGCAGGAAGCCCUGUGCAGAGCAGGCCGCCCACAUCCUGCGCCUCCAGCGCGAACUGCAGGAGCAG